AUGCCCAAGGAGAAGACCACCCGCAAGGCCGCGCCUAAGUCCAAGGCUGACGGCGGCAAGAAGAAGAAGGACCCCAACGCGCCCAAGCGUGGUCUUUCCGCAUACAUGUUCUUCGCCAACGAGCAGCGCGAGAAGGUCCGUGAGGACAACCCCGGUAUCAAGUUCGGCGAGGUCGGCAAGGUUCUUGGCGAGAAGUGGAAGGCCCUGAACGAGAAGCAGCGCACUCCCUACGAGGCCAAGGCUGCCGCCGAUAAGAAGCGGUACGAGGAGGAGAAGGCCGCCUACCAGAACGCCGAGGAAGAAGAGGAGGAGUCCGAGUAG